ACAUCCGCUCAUAAUCAAAUCUAGAAGCUAUUUAUACUGGAUUCGAUAGCCCUCAGCUACCCAUAAAGAAUGCUUCUGCUCUCGUAAGCGCCGUUCUCGCUUAAGCAGCUUGCCUACUGCUCUUUUCUUGUCGAGCCCUGUUCUCUCAAAUUGGCCAGUUCAUUCAAGAAGACGGCAAACUGGCACAAUGACCUGCAAUAUGUGUCCUUGCUUGUUGCUUGAUGAUCGCAAAAUGCCUGCCGUCAUGUUCAAAGAGACAGAGCAAUUCUCUAUAGCUCAAUAUUGCAUUGUCGUGAACCUCAGACGCUUCAUACGUCUGCCCACUGAAUGCGGCCUUCGUUCCACACUUCACAACGAAGAUCUUUGUGGUGCCUUGACGACUAGCCACUUCGCAUCUUAGCCACGAUCACAAAUUGGCGUUUGUAGGCUCAAAAUUGGAAGAGUGUAGCGCUAGCGAAUCUUGAGAAUCGUCGACUUUGGCGUUUUGCUUGCCUUGCCACUUCAGGACGAGAUGGGAUGACCAGCACACGCAUCUGCCCUGCACCGUCUUGCUGCUUGUAGACAACACCUCACUGUCCUUGAGCU